AUGCUCACAUCCAAGUUCAUAGCGGAAUAUUUGUGGGUCCCGUUUGCAGAUGACGGACUCAUUCCUAUACCUUCUUUCAAUUAUACCGACCCCGCCACCAACGAAACAACUUCCCUGCUCAACGAUUAUGUCAUGUUGUCAGAUAUUUUUGCAACGGGUGGGACGGCUCUUGACUUCGCCGGGUUGAAACUAGGCGAUACAGUGGCGAUGUUUGGUGCUGGACCUGUUAGGCUGAUGGCUGCAUAUUCGGCAGCUCUGCGUGGCGCAUCCCGCGUCUACAGCGUUGAUUGCGUCCCGGAACGUUUACGACUCGCCAAAUUGAUUGGUGCGAUACCUAUUAACUACGAAGACACAGAUCCAGUCGAUCAAAUUAUGGCACUAGAGCCCAGCGGCAUUUCUCGAAGCCUCGACUGUGGCGGAUUUGAAUAG